AGCUGUGAAAUGACAUAACAACAGAAAACAUCAACAAACGUUGGAUUUCGCAAGAAAGUGUAGAUCGGCACCGGAAAACGUUAUAAAAUAUAAAAGAGGGAUGAAUUAGAAAAUCCCGUCGUCGAAAAUACCGUACGGUGGGAAUAGUACUGUUUUAAAAUGUUGCUAAACAUCGUGCGCACUGCCUGUAGGUCACCUUGCACAAAUGUUCUCACAAAGCCUGGGCGCUCAACGAUAACAGCACCCCCGGUUCGAUGGUUGAACGGGAAAGGUGUCGACUCGGAGCGAAACUUUAGAAUAAGAUCAACAGUCUAUUAUGUGGCUGCUGCCGGUGUGCUGACGGUCGGGCUAAGCUAUGCGGCCGUCCCGUUGUAUCGAAUGUUUUGCCAGGCGUACAGCUAUGGGGGCACCACCAGUCAGGGGCACGAUGCAGAGAAGGUUGAGAGUAUGCAAAAAGUAAAGGACAGAGUGUUGAAGAUCAAGUUCAAUGCUGACAUUGGAGCGUCCAUGCGGUGGAAUUUUAAACCUCAACAGACUGAGAUCAAGGUCGUUCCCGGUGAGACUGCGUUAGCGUUCUAUUCGGCUAAAAAUCCAACAGACCAUCCCGUAGUGGGCAUUAGCACGUACAAUGUGAUUCCGUUCGAAGCGGGAGCGUACUUCAAUAAGAUACAGUGUUUCUGCUUCGAGGAACAGCAGCUUAACCCGCACGAGGAGGUAGACUUGCCGGUGUUUUUCUACAUCGAUCCGGAAUUCAUAGAGGACCCCAAGAUGGAGUUGGUAGACUCGAUAACGUUAUCUUACACUUUCUUCGAAUCAAAGGACGGUGUAAACAUACAGAUGCCAGUGUAUGGAAAGAAGCAUGGUUAAGUGUGGAGUAUGGAGUAGAGUUUUAAACAUUGUUGAACGUGA